AUGGAGUCUGGUGAGGGACAACCUGUAAGGAAGGCCUUAAAUCAUGAACUUUCUAACCUUUUCAAUGAGAUGUGGGAUAUGGAUGUUAACCGCCUUAUGCCUGGGAAAGACUACACAAUUGAUUUGCAGGGAAAAGCAGGUACCACACAGCAAGGUGACAGUGCUGUCCAGGACAGAGCAACCAGACAUCUGUUUCACACUGUAAAUGAAGAACGCCUGAAGAACAUAAAAACUUUUGCAACCUUUAUUUCCUUAUUGGACAACUAUGAGACAUCAACUGGUGUAGCAGAAGUAGUGACUCCAGAAGAAAUAGCUGAAAACAAUUGUUUUCUUGAUGCUAUCUUAGCAACAGAAGUCAUGAAAGUGAGCAACACAGAUCUUUUUCAGUCUCUCAAAACAUGAAUUCAAAAAUAAACUGUAUAUAUCUCUCUCUCUUUGUUUUUUAUCCUUCAGCUAGCUCACGAAUAUCUGUGUAAAAAAAACCUAGUGAAGCCAAACCUUGCUGAUUUCAAAUAUCAGCUCUAUGACAUCUGGUUCCAGCUCUAUGCCAGGAAAGAAGGCGACAGACCUGAUUCUUGCGGUUUCGAACAUGUCUUUGUUGGAGCAACAAGGCGUGGUACAGGUUUGCACAACUGGGUGCAAUUUUACCUUCAGGAAAAGCACAACCAAAUUGACUGCAAGGGAUAUGUUGCUCGGAAGAACAAAACCAGGCCUGACAAAGAUGACCAAGUUUUGAGCAUCCAGUUCAGCUGGAAGGGCUCGGUUAAGCCAGUUGGAAGCACCUUUAUUGGUGUCAGCCCAGAGUUCGAAUUUGCCCUUUACACCGUCAUUUUCCUGCUGGCUGAAGACAGAGUCACACGUGAAACAGUGAAGAUAGAGGAAUAUGACCUACAGAUGGUUGUUUGGCGCCACGGGCACCACAUUGGAACAGCAUAUCCAGUACUACUCAGCACCAGUAGUGAAGACUAGUAGUUAGAGUGAUUGGGCAACUUUUUUUUUAUUUAUUUUUUGGGGGUGGGGGCAUGGAAUAUGGGACCAGGUGGCAGAGUAAGUUGAUGUGUGGUUUUAUACAACUUAUUUCAAGUGAAAAUUGAUUACUUGCUUGCUCUUGGUCUGCAGUGGAGUGCCAUGGCUCAGUGUCUGACAAAUUUUGAAACAUACUGGUACUCAGAUUAAAGGCUGGAUCAAACUUACAUCAGCCUUCCUUUGUUCACCAUAACACUGUACUUUUCAGCAGAUAA